AGAACAUGUUUUCCAUUUUUACAGCAUAGUUGCAUCUUUUGGACACUUUCCGAGACUCGUUCAUUCAUUUCAUUUCAAACUCUCUUCAAAGUUUGUUUCUUUCCACAAAAUCUCAAUCUGGGUUCUUCUCCUUUAUCCAUUAUUUUCCCCUUUCAACUUGAAGAAGAAGAAGAAGCAUCAGCAGCAGCAUGAGCAAGAAGAACCGGAAAUUCAGGGAUCUUCAUGGAGUUCUUAGCCUUCUAGCUUUGUGCUUGUUGUUUCAGAGCUUUGGUAUAUGCCACUCUUUGAACGAAGAAGGUAGAGCUCUAUUGAAGUUGAAGGAAAGGAUUGUGAGUGACCCUUUUGGAGCUUUGUCAGAUUGGGUUGAUGAUCAAGUAUCUGUUGACCCUUGCAUUUGGUUUGGUGUUGAGUGUUCCUCAUAUGGAAGAGUUGUGGUCUUGAAUUUGAAAGAUCUUUGUCUUGGAGGAACUCUGACGCCGGAGCUCGCAAACCUUGCUCAUAUAAAGUCCAUUGUGUUGAGAAACAAUUCUUUUUCCGGAAUAGUUCCUGAAUGUAUUGUGCACUUGAAAGAAUUGGAGGUUUUGGAUUUGGGCUACAACAACUUCAGUGGACCUCUACCUGCAGAUCUUGGGAGUAAUAUUUCGUUAUCGAUCCUUUUGCUGGAUAACAAUGAUCUUCUUGGUGGGUUCUCUCCUGAAAUUAACAAAUUGAGUAUGCUUUCAGAAUCUCAAGUAGACGAAAAACAAUUGAUUAAUUCUGAUAAAAUGCCGGCUUGUACAGAAAGAUACGCCUCAUGGCAUGUUGGCCAAAACAGUUUACGGAGGCUACUGCAAUCUCGUGAGCAUGGCGAUAUUCAUAAUCGUGCAGCAGCUAAUCCUCUUAGCCCUGGUCCAUCCCCUCAGCCAGAUCCUUCUUUAGCUUCCCCUCGGCCGAGUCCUGCUUCUGCUCCUUCUCCCUCACAGUCAAGUCCUCCUUUUGCUUCUCCAUCUCCAUCGGAAAAACCACAACCACGGCUAAAGCCUGUUUCUCGCAAUAGAAACAAUUCUGUUGCUCCUCCUACUGCUUCACCACAUGGAAAUAAUUCUGCUUCCCCUCCUACCGGUUCAACUUCAGGCUCUAAGACACAACCUGAAACCAAAUCAUCAAAGAGUCAUCUAGCUGUUAUCUUGGCCGGAGUUCUGGGUGGUGCUGCGUUUCUUAUUGUUUCAAGCAUUGGGAUAUAUCUCUGUAAAACGAACAAGGUAGCUACUGUAAAACCUUGGGCGACAGGAUUAAGUGGACAGCUUCAAAAGGCAUUUGUGACAGGUGUGCCAAAGUUAAAGAGAUCCGAGCUUGAGGCAGCAUGUGAAGAUUUCAGUAAUGUAAUCGGCACUUCGCCCAUUGGUACAAUUUACAAAGGGACUUUAUCUAGUGGUGUUGAAAUAGCUGUAGCAUCUAUUACAAAGGAAGACUCCAAGAAUUGGUCAAAGACUUCAGAAACGCAAUUUCGGAAGAAGAUUGAUACACUAUCGAAAAUGAACCACAAGAAUUUCGUAAAUCUUAUUGGAUUUUGUGAAGAAGAGGAACCCUUCACCAGAAUGGUGGUCUUCGAAUAUGCCCCGAAUGGAACACUAUUUGAGCAUUUACACAUAAAAGAAGCCGAGCAUUUGGAGUGGGGAACAAGACUUCGAGUCGCAAUGGGAAUGGCUUACUGCUUGCAACAUAUGCACCAGUUGGACCCUCCAAUGGCCCAUAGCAACCUUGACUCUCAAGCUAUCCACCUCACCGACGAUUAUGCUGCCAAAGUAUCAGAUUUCAGUUACCUGAAUGAAAUAGUUCCGGGCGACACAAAAGCCGGUGCUAGAAAACACACCACUGACACUACAUUAACAAGUAAUGUUCACAGUUUUGGAGUCAUAUUACUUGAAAUAGUAACCGGCCGGCUUCCUUCCUCGGCAGAUAGUGGCUUUCUUGGAGACUGGAUGUUGCCCUUCUUACAAGGCAACCGCCGGUCGCUCAGCGAAAUCAUUGAUCCGACACUAUCGUCUUUCCAAGAAGAACAGCUCCAGGGAAUCACUGCUUUGAUAAAGUCUUGCAUGGAUCGCGAUCCACAGCGAAGACCAACAAUGAAAGAGGUGAGUGAGAGAUUGAGAGAGAUAACGAAGAUUACGCCGGAACAGGCCGUUCCGAAGCUUUCACCACUUUGGUGGGCAGAGCUUGAGAUUUCUUCUUUGGAUGCAAGCUGAGUGAAAUCUUGAAAUAAUGCAAGAUUGUAAGCAUUGGAUCUUUUUACCAUUUUUUCCAUCUUUGAAGGUACGGAAAAAGGUAAUCAUGCGUUAGAUUGAUACAAAUCUUGUGUAUCUAUUGUAGGAGUGGCCAAUCACUUGUACAUAAGGGAGAUUAAGGGAUGAAAAAAAAAUGGUGAUUUUUUUGUUUGUUUA